AUGUGCGGCGCACGGCGAAACGGAUGUGGUGGCGAAACGGAUGUGGUGUGCGGGCGCGCGCCCGCAAAAGCAGCUUCGGGAAGGGAUGAUCCAGCUUGCAGACCACCCGCGGCGCAGGAGCAGAAGGAGGCGGGGGCGGCGGAGGAAGACGAGGAGGGAGGGCAGCGCCAAGGGGGGGGGGGGGGAAGGGGGAAGUCCGAGCUGGACCUCCGCUGGUGCACGCCUGGUGGGGGGCCCGUGGGGCCGGCAGAGACGCCAGGAGGAUCGGGGAAGGAGGCGAGGGGUUGUCCUCAGGACGUGUGCCAGCGCCAGCAAGUGCCCGGGGCCACCGAGGCCCUUCCCGGUGCGGCGUGUGUAUGCGGCGUGGGCGCUGCACCUGAUGAGGGGCUCGCACGGGCUGCGCGCCACACGGUGGAGCUGAGCGGGGUAGGCACGCACUGGACCAGCCCGCGCCCUGAGGGCAAUCGCGAGGACGGGUGCAACCUGUGGGCGCGAAGCCGAUGACACCGAACGAGUCAGCGGCACACGGCACACAACCCACGGCCGCAGCCCCUGGCGCAGCCUGCGGCACUGGAAGAUCGGCGGCACGCGGUGCGCACUCCAUGAUGCAGACCGUGGGCGCGACGGAUGGCACCGACAUGCCAGCCUAUGGCAUCGAAAAGUCGGCCGCACACGGAGCUCCAACCCAUGUCCGCAGCCCAUUGCGCAACCAGCGGGCGCAAGCUUAUGGUAUUGGAAAAUUAGCAGCAACUGCUCCUCAGCUCAGGAAAAGAGAGAGAGAGGGGGGCAGGGGGGCGGGGGGAAAAGAGAGAGAGAGAGCGUAGGUGGACACAAAAUGGGGAGGACGAAGAGGAAUGCGCAUCGCCAAAAAAGACAAUUGGCUCACUCGGUGAUCUUGAACAGGAAGGCGACGAACAGCGGAAAGAACACCAAAAGUGCGACGCUCUGCGUACGCUCGUCCGCCUCCCAGUCUGGGGGCACAUACGGCUCGCCGCCCUCGGUGGUGCCCUGCCUCUCCUUGCUCAGCUUCAGCUUGCGAGAGAAGACCUCAGAAGCACCCUCCCAAAAUUCAAGAGGGCCCACGAAGUGUGGUGUCAAGUCCAGCGCCGAUCCUGACCGUUCAACGGCGACAAGCGGAGCUUGACCUCAUCUUCAUGCGCACGACCGCAUGACCCAUCGGACACGCGGCUCAACAUACGGGAACGCGCGGGCGAGACAGGCCACGGCGGGCGCGAGAGGGCACGAAUCCAAGCAAUGGCCCCGAUCCUGACCCGGGUCGGACGAGGGGGGAGGGGGGGAACUGCCGUCGGGAACGUUUGCUUAGCUCGUCUCGGCGGCGUCCCUGGGGGCAAGCCAUGCCCUACAAGCGGAUCGCGUGUCGCUCCGCUCCGCGGGGCGGGAGGC